UAUAACUGCGCUUCGUAGCGCCGUUUUGGCAUUUUCCUGGUGAACUCCAUAUGCGCCACAGUUGACUCCGAUUCGAACGUUUUAACGAAAAAUUCCUAAGUUUUACUGCGUCAGAAGUUCAGAGCUGAACAUUGGACACCAAAGUUGCUUGGAAAUUCGGAAGACGACACGAAACUUGACAGAGAUUUGGUUGCAUUGCGCGUACAGGUCAUUUGUACAUUCCAAAUACAAAAUUCCCGAGUCAGUUCUGACGUCUCAGGAGACGUGGUACUCCACGAGAGGAUCAUUGAAAACAGCGAACGGUGACACUGUUUUUUUUUUUGACCGAUUUAGGACGAUAACCAGAUUGAGCUAUUGACAUCACUGGAGAGUAUAUUGUGCGAACUAUUUUAAGACGUCCUUAUAGUACGACAUUCCUCGCGCAUUAUUGGAGUGUUCUAGCCAAGAAAAAAACUCGCAGUGGCUCCUGUAAAAUAUUUCGCUUUCUAAAGGAGGGAACAGCACUUGCUUCUGUUGCAACACGGCAGAUUUUUCUGUUCCUCUGAACACUGCCUAGAAUUUGAAGCAAUCCUUUCUGUUGAAAGUCGGAAGAAAGUUUCAGUGCAGAAGACACGAUAAGAUAUCUCUUAUCUACCGACAAUCCACCUGAUUUGAGAAAAACCCUUGCACCAUUGACCUAAAGAUCUCAACUGAGAUUUACGAUGUCUAACUUUACAAAUGUAUCGCUCCUACUCAGUCACACUAAUUUUACAAGAUCGCAUCAGGGAAAAGACUUUGAUCACUUCUCCGGCACCAUUGGCUUGUACAAAGUUCUUUUCGCCUUGUUCGACGCCCUUGGAAUCAUUGGAAAUAUCCUCGUCAUAUUCACGAUAUUUUUAAACCCGAACAUGCGAUCGACCAUCUACUACCUGCUCGCCAACCUCGCCUUUUCCGACUUGCUGUUCGCCAUCUUAGCGCCUUUCCACAUGUCCAUGAUACUAGAUCGCUACAACUGGAAAUACGGCGCUGUAUUUUGUCGCGUAUAUUAUUUCGUCUUUCGUUCGUUCUACGCGUUUUCCAUCAUGAACCUGAUUCUGAUUACGGUCGAGCGUUUCCUAGCAACGCGCUAUCCGUUAUCGUUUCGCGGCAAACCGAAGCGCACCUUGGCGUUGAUCUUAGGAACCUGGGUACUAAGUUUCGUAUUCUCGUCACCAUUCCUUUCCGUGAUGACGUACAAGGAGUUAAGUCCGGAAUACAGUAUCUGCUUUCAAGAAUGGCCAGGCAAACUCGAGUCCCGCGCGUACUACACGUUCGUGUACGUAAUACUGUAUUUCAUCCCGUUGGCUCUGAUGGCCUUCAUGUACGCUCUCAUCUCGAUGACCUUACGCAAACAGCCGCUCGUAUUCCUCGCGGACAAGAACGACACGCAACGCAAGCAGUUCAAAGCACGCAAACGAAUGUCCCUUCUCGUUAUCGUUAUCGUGGUCGCGUUCUUCGUGUGCUGGUCGCCUUGGAAUAUCAUUGAGUUCGUGGAACACGCUCGAGACACACCUUGGAAAAAUCCAAAGAUUCUUCCAACAGUGAAAAACUACGCCGUGUUAGCGACAAUUCUGAGCACCACAGUGAACCCAUUCCUCUUCAGUUUUAUGUCGUUCGAGUUCCGAACUGGCUUUCGGUUUGUCUUCGUGCGAAUCUCGUCAUGGUAUCGACUACGCCGAGGAUCCGGCGACGAGUCUCCGACUGGCUCAAGCCAACGCACUGGUAAUAUGGAUCUGUCGAGGAGAUCUGGCAAGCGAAACAGCAACGGUGGGGAGGGUAACAAAACAGAGGCUAGGGCAUUGGUGUAAAUCUGCCACUGAUAUAUUGCCUAUUGCUUGUUUUACUACGAUUUUAGACGCCAAUUUUUUCUUUGAAUAGAUGUGAACGAGUGAAUAAGUUACAAACGGUGAGAUAAAGGCACUGAUAAAUAUCAGAGUAUUUCUAAUCAUUCCCUCUUUCGCAUUUAUGAAAAGAAAUUCGAAAUGAAAAAUUGCAAGUGGGGCCCCCAGGUCUGGUUUAUGACUGUCAAAGUUUCUGUGAUUACAGUUAGAAUAUUAAUUCAAAUGGUAAAGUUUUCAUGACAGAUUUGCAGGAAUUAUUCGUGGGAACUAAGACAGUGUUCAACACGGGUAUAUUUCACCAGAAUUCCCGCAACAAAUACCUAAAACUUUUAUUAAAGCUUUUGCAAAUUUUUCACUUGCGACCUCAUGAACUUUGAAAUUGUGAACCAGCCUAUAUAUUUGAUGGUAGAUUCAGAUCAAUGUAUGUAGGAGAAUAAUAAGGGUGCACGCAUUCAUAUAUCUGAUAUAUCUGAAGUCUGAACAUGCCUAUAUAGAGAUUCCUUCACAGAGAAAGUAUUAAUAUAAAAUAAUGUAUAAAAGUAUAAUAUAUACUAGGAUAUUAAUUAACUGGAUUAACAUGUUAAAUAUUAUAAAUACAUGUAGGUAGAAUAUAAAAUAAAUGUAUUAAAUACUUAUGAUAGGGAUACAAAGCAAUAAAU